AUGAGCGUCGACACGGUAUCAUCAGAGCAGCGUGUCGAGGCCGAGAAAACGACACCUGUGAACCUCGAAGAAUCUGAAGCUCCGUUAGUGGAAACCAAAGAUGAAGAUUAUCCACGCGGUCUGCAACUAGCAUUUGUGGUGCUGGGUAUCCUUUUGUGCUUGUUUUUAGCAGCCCUUGACAUGACCAUAGUUGCCACGGCCAUUCCCAAAAUUACUGAUGAAUUUCACGCCAUUGACCAGGUUGGAUGGUAUGGCUCGUCAUUCUUCUUGACACUGGCCGCGUUCCAAUCCUUUUGGGGAAAGCUAUACAGAUACUGCCAUUUAAAGUGGACAUAUCUCGCAGCAGGCAUUGUAUUCGAGGUUGGCAGCCUGGUUUGUGCCACAGCGACAAACAACACUGCUCUCAUUGUGGGCCGAGCCGUGACAGGUGUCGGAGGCGCGGGACUUUACUGCGGAACUUACACAAUUAUCGCAUUCAUUGUUCCACCAGCCCAACGAGCCCGAUACACUGGUCUAGUUGGCGUAUCCUAUGCCGUCGCGAGUGUAGCUGGUCCGCUGAUUGGAGGUGUCUUUACCGAUAACAUCAGUUGGAGAUGGUGUUUCUACAUCAACCUCCCCAUUGGAGGUCUUAGCCUUGCUCUGAUCUUAUUCUCCUUUAAACCUCCGUCCGCGGCAAAACCAGUGCCGGCACCGCUCUCCGAAAUCCUACUACAACUCGAUCUUCUUGGGGUGGCGCUGGCUGUCGUCAGCAUGGUUUGCUUCUUCCUGGUCACGCAGUGGGCUGGCGCCAGCCGUGCCUGGGACUCUGCAUCUGUAAUUGCCUGCCUGGUCGUAUCAGUUGUAGCGAGCUUUUUGUUUGCUGCAGUACAAAUAUGGCAAGGUGAAAGAGCGUCGCUUGUGCCUCGCAUUUUGAGCAAAAGAGUGAUUUACGGAGUGGCCUGCUUCGCCUUCUUUCAAAACGGAAUGAACUUUUUCUUCACAUAUUACAUUCCAAUUUACUUUCAGUCCAUCGACAAUUACUCGGCGGCGCAGAGUGGCAUCUACAACUUGCCACUAAUAUUCGGAGCUUGCUUUUUUGCAAUCAUCUCCGGCUUUCUGAUUACCAUAUAUGGAUACUAUACUGUAUACAUGGCCUUAGGAAGCGCAGCUUGUACCAUUGCAGCUGGCCUGUUGUACACGAUGGGCAUGCAUACGCCGCUAGCUCGCCCACUUGGAUACCAGAUGCUUCUGGGCGCAGGGCAGGGCCUCGCCAUCCAGGUUCCCGUCAUUGUGGCUCAAGCAAUGUCCGCACCCGAGGACAUUUCGGCCAGCACAGCCAUCAUUCUCUUUUUCCAGAUGACGGGAGGUGCAGUGUGCAUCUCUGCUGGCCAGUCGGCCUUUAUUAAUCGUCUGUUGUACUAUCUCAAGAGCAUUGCGCCUGGUAUUGACGCUGCGCAUAUCGUCACAAUUGGCGCAUCGGAUCUAAGAAGUCAGGUUUCUGCGAGCGAUAUUGACUUUGUGCUUCAGGCAUAUCUCGGCGCCCUCAAGGAUACCUUUGCGCUUGGUGUGGGGUUUGCUGGGUGUGCGUUUCUGGCGAGUUGGAUUGCGCCUAUAAAAAACUUGGCGAACGGCUCCAAAGUGAAUGUUAUGGCGGCCUUGUAA